AAAAAGAAAACUUCUUUCCGCAUCAAAAUAAACAAGGAAAAAUAAGAAAAAAGAAAAACAUCACGGGGGUUUAACAAAAAAGCCUCCUCACCUGCAAAUCUAAAGAAUAGAAAGAACGAACAAAACAGUUUGGGUAAAACUCGGCAAUGGUUUCUUUGUCGACGUGGUUUCGAUACAUAGCUCGCAAGCUCGAGUACUCCGUCUCUCUCAGCUGGAAGAGCUAUAAGAGAGGUCAAAUCAGUGACUGGGAAGUACACGAUGCAGUUUGGAAAAAUGUAUUUCAGGGAAAGUUGACUUAUUUACACUGGAAUAAAGGAGAGGCCAUGGCCCCUACUAUCGGAGCACAAGGGGGUACUCUUCUUGUUCGGAAGAUUGCAGCUGCAGACCCAACUCGAGUUUUUGUUGGAGAUGUUGUUGUCUUGAAGGACCCUGAUAGUUCAGAUAACUAUCUGGUCAGAAGAUUGGCUGCCAUUGAAGGAUAUGAAAUGGUGUCUACUAAUGAGAAAGAUGAGCCAUUUGUUCUUGAAAAGGACCAGUGCUGGGUGCUGGCUGACAAUGAAAAAUUGAAGCCCAAGAUGAUAGGAAGCAAAGGACAGUCGGUUUUAUGGUCCAGUUCCCAUGACAGACAUUGUUGGCCGAGUUAUAUAUUGUCUGCGGACAGCUGUUGAUCAUGGUCCUGUGCAGAACAGUCAUUUCAGCAUGCGACAGGAUUCUCCAGUGUUGGAAAUAGAGCUGGAUGUCGAUGAAAUGGCAAAAAAUCACAAAGCAUAAACUGGCCACACUUGAUGCUGACUCGUUUAAGCGUGUAUCUAUUGUUGUUAUUGCCCCUUUUCCUCUGCGGGUGUCUCUUUAGUUUAGCAUGCAAGUUAAGAAAGGAGAAAAAAAUGGUACAAUAAAAGAUGGAAGUAUUUAGGUUCAUGUGAUGGGGGCGGCUGUUUGUCCUUAAGAAGUGCUUGCAAUUGGGUUGUUUAUUCCGAACUUGAUAGGCAGCCUGUGUCGAAUUUUGAUUUCAAUUGUAUUGAACAAUUGCCUUUGAACGGUCUGUAAUUUGAGAGUAGCUUAGCUACACUGUUUGGAAAAAAGGAAAGAAGAUGGAGCAUCUUUAUAUCU